UAAAGUGCUGAAUUUAUGUAAUUAUUUUUUUUUUUGAAUGAAGAAGAAUAUAAAAUAGUGUUGAAAAGCGUGUGUUUUUAAAUUGUUGCUUGAAAGCAAAAGCAAAAACACAAAACUCAUCAUCGUCAUCGCCAUAGUUAUCGUUGUCGUCAUUGUCAUCGUUAUCGUCAUCGCCAUCAUCACCAUCGUCGUCGACACAUUGAAGCAAUGUUAAUGGGAACUACAUCAGUCUUAUGAUGAUGGUGGCAACGCAACAGAACGGCGACCACAUCGCCAAAAGCAAGCAAAGCAAACGCAACGAUAACUUUCAGAAGUUCCCGAAUCUCAGUUGGAUGUGCGGACGUCAACAGCAUCAACAUCAGCAACAACAUCAGCAACAGCAACAGCAUCAACAACAGCCACAACAGAGACAGCGACAACGACAACGUCAGCGACAGAGACAGCGACAAUUAGAGACCAUUAGCCAACGGCAGACCAAUCAAUCUACAUUUGGACAGAAGCUGGCGCGUUUUCAGGCCUCUUGCGAGUUGGGCGUACGUGUGGGCGUGGCCAAUCGAGGAGCUGCAGCUGGAGCUGGAGGAGCAGGGUGGCAAUUGCAGCUACUCUUGCUGUUGUUGCUGUGGUGCAAUUGCAUUGAUAUUUCCGUUUCAAACAAAUCGUCCUCAGUGAGCGCAUUCGAGCCGGACUUUGUAAUACCGCUGGAGAAUGUCACCGUUGCCCAAGGCCGGGACGCGACCUUCACGUGUGUGGUAAACAAUUUGGGUGGCCAUCGGGUGAGUGCUGACGGUGCGUCAGUUCCAGCCAAGGUCGCAUGGAUUAAGGCCGAUGCAAAGGCAAUUCUGGCCAUACACGAGCAUGUGAUAACCAACAAUGAUCGAUUAUCGGUGACGCACAACGACUACAACACAUGGACCCUCAACAUACGCAGCGUUAAAAUGGAGGAUGCCGGCAAAUACAUGUGCCAGGUUAACACCGAUCCAAUGAAAAUGCAAACCGCCACACUAGAGGUGGUCAUACCGCCAGAUAUCAUCAAUGAGGAAACAUCUGGUGACAUGAUGGUGCCCGAGGGAGGCUCCGCCAAGCUUGUGUGUCGUGCACGCGGCCAUCCAAAACCAAAGAUCACAUGGCGUCGUGAGGAUGGACGUGAGAUCAUUGCACGCAAUGGCGUGCAUCAGAAAACCAAAGCCAUUUCGGUUGAGGGUGAAAUGCUGACGCUGUCGAAAGUCACGCGAUCGGAAAUGGGCGCCUACAUGUGCAUCGCCUCGAAUGGCGUGCCACCCACCGUCAGCAAACGGAUGAAGCUACAGGUGCACUUUCAUCCGCUGGUGCAAGUGCCAAAUCAAUUGGUUGGAGCUCCGGUUCUAACGGAUGUCACAUUAAUUUGCAACGUUGAGGCAUCGCCCAAAGCCAUCAAUUACUGGCAGCGCGAGAAUGGUGAAAUGAUUAUUGCCGGCGAUCGUUAUGCGCUCACCGAGAAGGAGAACAACAUGUACGCCAUCGAGAUGAUUCUCCACAUCCGUCGGCUGCAGUCCUCCGAUUUUGGCGGCUACAAAUGCAUCUCGAAGAACAGCAUUGGCGACACCGAAGGCACCAUUCGACUUUAUGAGAUGGAACGUCCCGGCAAGAAGAAUCUGCGCGAAGAGGAGCUCAACGAAGUGACGAAGAACGAGGUGGUGGUCAAAGAGAAUCGCCACGAGGAUGGCUCACGCAAUCAAAAUGGCCGUCUGUACAAGGAUCGUAGCCAGGAAACGGAUGCGGCCAGCGGGGCAGCAACAACAUCAACAACAACAACAACAACAAUAAGAGGGCUAAUAAAGACAUUGAUAUUAGCUGUGUGCGUAUUGUUGGCAACAAACUUGUGCGGCUGCCAAACAAAAGAUAAGAAGAGCACGAGCAACAAGAGCUCGAGCACAUCGCCUGACAGCAGUUCCGGAGCAACUACUGCAACAAAGGCAACUCUCGACAAGCGUAACAAUAACAACAACAAUAACAACAACAACAACAGCAGCAGCAACAAAAGACAUUUAGUAUUAUAGCUUAAUUAAAUUGUAAUUAUAAGGCAGGCAAAGUAUCAACAACAACAACAACAACACUCACACACACACAUGGCCAAAAGGACAAGAGCAACCAGAAUGCUCACGCCCCCUCCCAUGCCCACGCUUUCCCAUCCCCCCCUCCUCCCCAUUCCACGCUCCAGAAUUGAAUUGGAGGGCGGCAAAUAAUUCAAUACUAAAGUAAGUAGUUAAGUCCCAAAAUGCAAGUCAGCAAAAUAAUGGUAAAAACAAAACAAAACAAAAUUUGGAAAAUUUAAAAAAAUUCUCAAAAUACGUUUAAAUGUUACCUCGUUAGUGAAAAGAAACGACAACCAGAAAAAUAUAUAAAAAAAAAAGGCAAUGCAUCAAAGAUAAUGUUUCAAACUGAAUGGACAAAAUCAAUUGUAGUCGGCGAGCCGACUAGAUGAAUGCCCUUGC